AUGGCCGACCGAGUGAAGCAAGUCGCUGCUGAAGAAGCCGAGAGGGUCACGUUAAUGAGCAAAGACGCCUUGAAGUCUCGCGCAUACCUGUAUCCUCUGAAGGGUAUCUUCUACUUCCUUACUCACAAAGACCUCUGGCGACCGUUGACGUCCAAGUUGGCACCCACCAUUACCCUCAGCAUUGGGAUCACGACAUUUAUGUUCGUCGUUGCGUAUAUUCCUCAAGCUGCUGUCAUGGCUUUCACAUCCGGACCCGUUGCAGCUAUCUCUGCGGCUUUGCUCACCUUCAGCGAGAGCUCGACUCUCAUCAACCUCCUAUCGAGAACUUUCCUCAUCGAGGAUGCUCUUAUCGACACCUUUGACGGAACCCUCCUCUCGCGAGAUUGCACAAAUCUUGUUGAAGAAGGCAGACAGAUCAAGACGGGCGGCGAUAGCAUUGCUCGGUUAGGGAAACUGCUCAAGAGACCGUUUGCUACAUUCACACCUCAUGCUAUCAUCAGAUACAUGCUGUAUCUGCCUCUCAACUUCAUCCCCGUCGUUGGAACGGUACUCUUCAUCAUCCUCCAAGGUAAACGAGCAGGUCCAGCCGCCCAUUCGAGGUAUUUUCAACUCAAAGAAUGGUCCCAAAGGCAGCGAGAGAUCCACAUUGAUGAACACCGAGGGGGCUACACGUCUUUCGGUGUUGCCGCAUUUCUUUUGGAAAUGAUACCAUUCGCGAACCUCGUGUUCGCUUUCACCAACGCAGUAGGCGCAGCGCUCUGGGCAGCCGAUUUUGAAUGGAAUGCAACAACGUCCCCGAGGGUGCGCGAAUUGGCAAAGAAGGCCCAAUGA